CUCUCGUCUCCCUCGAACGCAGCCGGCCACCGAAUCGAUCCCAUCUCCGAUCUCCCUGCCGCCGACUCUUCUUAGCCGCCGCCCACGUACGAGUUCGUACGUUGCCACCGCCGCCGUCCGAGGGGAGACGCCGCCGCCGCGUCUCCAGGGCAGGGCGGCUUGAAUCCCUGUUGUUGGGAUCGCCCCCGCCAAACUCCGUGCCAUGGCGAGAUCCAGCAGGCCAUGGCGGCGAUCAGCGCCGGGACAGGACCAGGAGGCCGCCGGCGUCUCCCUGAUCCAUGACCCCGACGCCAUGGAGCUGCUCGUCAAGGUUGGACGCGCGGUUGCUGCUGGAGCGGCUGCGGAACUAGAGGCUGGUCUUCGUGGGGGACUCGCUGAACCGAUACCAGUGGGAGUCGAUGGUGUGCCUGGUGUCGUCGGUGAUCCCGUCGCGCGACCAAAAGUCCCUGGCCAAGUUCAUGGGGCCCAACGGCUCUCUCAACGUGUUCACGACGGCGGAGUACAACGCGACGGUGGAGUUCUACUGGGCGCCGUUCCUGGUGAGCUCCAACUCGGACGACACGCAGGUGCACAGCGUGGCGGACCGUGUUAUCGCCUGGCGUUCCAUCGCCAAGCAUGCCCGGCACUGGCACGCCGCCCACUUCCUCGUCUUCAACACCUACGUCUGGUGGCUCAACAACUUUGAGAUGAAAGUGCUGAAGAAUCCUCGGGCGUUGCCGGUCAAGUACAUGCUGGUGGACCAGCCGGUGGCGUACAAGGAGGUGCUCAAGAUGUGGGCAAACUAGGUGGACCGCGGCGGAGGAGACGAGAGAAGACCACGGUCUUCUUCUCCCCCCUUUCCGACCCGAAACCCAUAUCUAUCCAUCCGAAUGAAAGAAGACCGCAGGCGGAGGAGAGGAGACGCGGUUGAGGUAAGAGGAGUCAAAUCCCCAACCUGCUCCUUCCCACGCGCCGCCGACCCACCCGCAGCAUUCUUUCCGGUGUUCCAGGCACCCGGAGUCGCGCGGCGACCUCACCGUCCUCCUCUUCCACAUCGUCCUCGACUGCAAGUUCGUCACCUCUCAACGAGACAGGCAAAGCCAAGCUCAUCGGCCUCUCAGUUCAGAGCAACG